AUGGCUUUCCCGGUGACCGCCGAGCGCGGGGGGCAUGCCGAGGCGCUGUCUAGUGGCGCAGCAAACAGUACAACGAAAACCAACGACGGAAGUCACGAUAACCGGGAUGCCUGCACUUUCAAUGGAAACAGGGAAGAGACUAGAAUGCAAGAAAAAGGACAAGAGUUAUCGCGAGUCCGUCUGGCAGCGCGGCAUGCUCGACUGGCGUCCCAGAGGCUACAGACCAGCACGCUGGAAGAGCGAAAUGCUGCACUCGUGGCGUACAAAGAAGGCCUCCUACAUUUCCGAGAGGAAAUUGAGGCGGCAAAUGCCAGAGAUAUAGAGGCAGCGACCGCGGCUGUGUCAGCGGGUGAAAUCUCUUCAGCCUUGUUGAAGCGCCUGGACUGCAGAGGCAAGAAAUUCGAGAGUCUGCUUCAUGGCUUAGACACGUUGAUAGCGCAGGGUGACCCAUUGGGAACCUGCGACUUGGCGACGGAGCUCGCCGCAGAUUUGGAAUUGUUUCGCGUCUCGUGCCCUAUCGGCGUUCUCGCUGUCAUAUACGAGGCUCGUCCUGAAGCCGCUGUUCAAGUGGCUAGCCUCGCAUUGAAGACAGGAAAUGCUUUGCUCUUAAAGGGCGGCAAAGAGGCGAAAGAGAGCAAUCGCGCGGUUUACAAGGCGCUAACAUGGGGCCUGGAGAAAGCAACUACGAGUUCGAUCUCUAAGGAUGCUCUCCAGCUGCUUGAAGAGCGGGACGAGGUGAAGGAAAUGCUCCGGCUGGACGAGGACGUUGACUUAGUUAUUCCUAGAGGUUCCAACAGUCUAGUCAAGUACAUUAAGGAAAACACGCGGAUUCCUGUUCUGGGGCACGCAGACGGACUUUGUCAUAUCUAUGUCGAUGCAGACGCAGACCUCGGCAAAGCACUCAAAAUUAUAGAGGAUGCAAAACUGCAGUACGUGGCAGCCUGCAACACGGUCGAGUCGUUACUUGUCCACAGUGCGGUCCCCAGCAAGUUCCUGCCUUCUCUCGUCUCCUCUUUAGCCCCGCUUGGAGUGUCAUUCAAGUUGGAUUCUUUGGCGUUUUCAUUCGUGGAGGCGCAUGGAGACGAGGUGCUUGAAAAGCAUGGGGGGGCUCUUGCUAGGGCGAAUGAGCAAGAUUUCCACACUGAGUGGCUGGCUCCUGUUUUAUCUGUAAAGGUGGUAGGCUCCCUCGAAGACGCAAUCGCUCACAUCAAUAGUCACGGCUCACACCAUACCGACUGCAUCAUCACAGAAAAUAGAGAGCACGUGCAACGCUUCAUGCGAGGAGUCGAUUCCGCGGGUGUCUACUGCAACUGCUCAACUCGCUUUGCCGAUGGGUAUCGCUAUGGCUUUGGCGCCGAAGUGGGUGUUUCCACAAAUAAACUCCACGCCCGAGGUCCUGUGGGAGUUCAUGGACUCGUGACUUACAAAUACUGCCUCUUCGGUGACGGGCACACCGUCGCAGACUUUGAGGCAGGCAGGACGAGCUAUACGCACCGCCCACUCGAUAGGGAAGAAGUCGCAGAGUCGAAGCGGAAGCUGAGCACCCUGGAAGAGAUUGAAGAGAGGGAACUGCAAAGAAAACACCAAAACUGA